UCUGAAGUGAAGUUACAAUUUUUCAAUCUCCAAUCGACCCAAUGAUUUUUCUAAGUUAAAGUUCAAUUAGAUUCAGUUGAUGGGUUUGAUUCCACAAUAGGCAAAUCCAUAUGACUCAGAUCAGCAACGUAGUUUGUAACAAUUUGAAUUGACGAAACUAUAGCUUGAAGUGUUGGAGGGAGGAAUCUGCCAAUGGCGCCAAGUAGGAAGUCUAGGAGUGUGAACAAGCGCUUCUCUAAUGAAGCUUCUCCGGAAAAAGACGUCGGGAAUUCAAGCAAAAGCAAGCAGAUGAAGAAGAAAUUGUCGGACAACUUGGGACCUCAGUGGACCAAAGGGGAGCUCGAGCGUUUCUAUGAUGCCUAUCGGAAGCACGGGCUAGACUGGAGAAAGGUAGCUGCUGCUGUGCGGAACAACAGAUCUGUGGAAAUGGUGGAAGCCCUUUUCUGUAUGAAUCGGGCGUAUUUAUCCUUGCCCGAGGGAACUGCAUCUGUGGCUGGUCUGAUUGCCAUGAUGACUGAUCAUUACAGUGUCAUGGAUGGAAGCGAUAGCGAAGCGGAAGGGCAUGAUGCUUCUGGAGUGCCAAGGAAGUAUCAGAAGCGCAAGCAUGCUCAUGUUCAGUUUAGUGAGUCUCGUGAAGAAGCUAAUCCAUCUCAUUCAUUUGCCUCGACAGAUGGAUGCCUUUUGUUUUUGAAGGAGGCACAAGAUUAUGGAUCUUGGCGCCGUGCUACUGGAAAACGUACACCUCGAUUUCCUGUUCCAAGGUCAUACAGGAGGGAUGAUAGAGAAGGUUCUACUCCACCAAGUAAAAGAGCUAGGAAGCUAGUCGAUAAUGAUGAUGUUGCACAUCUUUUUGCGCUAACAUUAACCGAGGCAUCAAAAAGGGGAGGAUCUGAGCCACCGUAUAGAAGAACAGAGCACAGUGACAGCUCACCAAUUAAGAGCUUGGGGGAAACGUCACAAGCAAGGGAAGCUCAAUCCAAGCUCCGUGGUUGUUCCAAGUAUGAGGAGUGGGUGGAAGGUAACCGAGAAAAGAAACAUGAAACGGGAGUGUCUGAUAGGGAUGCAACCUCAUUUAUGGAUAUGGAAGUGGUUGGCACAUUGGAGGCUCUACAGGGAGGGAAAAACGUCAAAGCUGAAGAAGUUGAAGGCAAUGAUUGUGAUGAAAAAGGAGAAGCAUGCAGUGCCUCUGAAGAGCUUCGAAGUAAAUCACAGCAAGGAAAAGUUGACGUUGAGGGCCCAAGGGGGAAAUAUUCACCACGUUGCCUAAAGAAAAGGAAUAAGAAACUUCAUUCCAAAGAUGAAUUUGAGGCUCUACAAGCAUUGCUGAAAUUGUCAACUUCAACGUUUCCAGUGGCUUUGAUGGAAUCAGAAUCAGCCGCACGGAUAAAAGAUGAAAGAACUGCAAAUAACAUGGAUGAGAAAUCUAGCGCUCCUGAAGCCACAUCCACAAGCCCUCUCGGAAGAAAAUCAACACAAGAUGGAGCAGAGGAAAAUGCCCUUAAUGCGAUUUCAGCUGUUGAGAACACUAACUAUAGAAAACCGAAAUCAUUGAGGCAAGCAUCGGCGGAUGGUAGUGCUGGUCCUGCAGGGAAUCAACAGCAGCAACCUACUAGUGGCACAUCUAGAAGAAGGCGCAAACCAAAGGUGCUAGAUGCUGAACCUCCCAAAAAUUCGAACCAGAACAAAUCCACGUUGGUAGAGGAAUCAGUUCGUGAAGAGAAUGCUAAGUCUGUGGUUAGAACAAAACGUUCUGGUCAAGCUCCAGCAGAAGGGAAACAGUUGAAAACUGCUAAGACACUGGAGGAAUCUUCUCCAGCUGGUGAUAAGAAAAGACCUGAUGCAGGUGUAACAAUGUCAACUAUACCAGUUUCUGCAUCAGGACCUGCCACUUUGCCACAGAAACCUCCAAACAGACGCAAGGUGAAUCUGAAGAAAAUGUUACAAGAGAGGGUUAAAUUUUCUGAGACCACUUCUAAAGCUCCACAUAGUGAUGAAUCUCUUUCAGAACAUGAAUUAUUGCAGGAGAAGCUUUCUACUUGCCUAUCAAACCCCUUGGCACGUAGGAGAUGCAUAUUUGAAUGGUUUUAUAGUGCUAUUGACUAUCUGUGGUUCACAAAGAUGGAGUUCAUGGAUUACUUGAAUCAUGUUGGACUUGGCCACAUUCCAAGACUUGCUCGUUUUGAGUGGAAUGUCAUUAAAAGUUCUCUCGGUAGACCUAGGAGAUUCUCUGAGAGAUUCUUACAGGAGGAAAGGGAUAAACUCCAACAUUACCGUGAAACUGUGAGAAAGCAUUACACAGAUCUCCGGGCAGGUGUCACUAGGGAAGGACUUCCGGCUGAUUUGGCUCGGCCUUUAUCUGUUGGAAAUAAAGUCAUUGCUAUCCAUCCUAAAACCCGAGAAAUUCAGUGUGGAAAAAUUCUCACUGUGGAUCAUAACAAAUGCAGCGUUCUGUUUGACCGCGACGACUUGGGGGCUGAGUUUGUUAUGGACAUUGAUUGCAUGCCUUCGAAUCCAUUGGAAUACAUGCCCGAAGGCCUGAGGAGGCAUAUCAGCAAGGGCUUGCCGAUAAGCAAAGAAGCGCAACUAAACAGACAUCCAAACUCUGGUGGGUCUGUAAUGCUCCCUUCAAACGGGCUUGAAAAUGCUACCUUCUCCAUGAAUCCUCCAUUGCAGCAGGGUGAUACAAACGGGCAGAUUUUACUAGGUAAAAUAUCGACAACCAACCCUACUACAGUGCAGCAGGCAACUAACAAUCAGCCAUAUACAACAACCUGUCGUAAAGCAAAAGAACUUGUGAUUCAACAAGCUCUGGCAAUGCAGCACACUUCAAUUGAAAAGGAAAAAGAGCCAGAGAUGCUUGAAAUUUUUAAGGGUUCAAAAUCAAGAGCUCAAGCAAUGGUAGAUGCAGCUGUUAAGGCCGCAUGUUCAGUGAUUGAAGGAGAAGACAAAGGUAAAAAGAUACAGGAGGCUAUAGACUCCAUGGGCAAGCAUCAGCCACUACCCGGCUCUAUGGUUCCUGGUGUCAAGCAUCAAGAGCAUGCCAAUGGGAGCUUGGAUCAUCUCAGCCAGUCUCCAUCUGAAACCUCACCGCCACUGGUUAAUGGUUCCAUCUCACAGAACGGUUCAGAGAAAAACGAGGAUCAAAUGCCUUCGGAGCUCAUCUCCUCCUGUGUUGCCACUUGGCUCAUGAUUCAGACGUGCACGGAGAGACAGUAUCCACCAGCGGACGUGGCUCAGCUGAUAGACACAGCAGUCACAAGCUUGCACCCGAAGUGCCCACAAAACCUGCCCAUCUACAGAGAAAUCCAGACGUGCAUGGGACGAAUCAAGACUCAGAUUCUAGCUCUUGUGCCGACAUAAUAACAAAACAUCAUUCCCCAUUCUUUUUCUUCUUUCUUAGGUUACUUGUUGGGUCUCUCUGUUGACCUGAGUAGAUAUAUCUUUCACUGGCUAUAGAGUUACAACUGCUAGAAUGCCGGAACUAGUGAAUAAGCUUUUGGCAAAACUGCCACUUUAGGGUUUUUGAUAGUAUAACAUCAGCCUUCAUCAACUUAGUUAGCUAAGCCUAUGUUGUCUUCAACCCCACCAGUGUUGUUUCAUGUUUGUUAAAAUGCCUUCAAUUUUGACAGGUAUAUAUCUACAUCA